CACGCGGCUCUGGUCAUCGCCAAGUACACCAGGAACACCACCAGGCUGGGCCUCUCUCUGGAGAUGGGCACGCUGCUGUACGUGCUGAAUGAAACCACGACGGAUAUCAACAAAAAGGCAUACCUAAAGUGCAAGCAAUUCUACCUCACACAAUCAGACACAGUGGACUGUCAAGGUCUGACAACCACCAGCUUGCUGCCAGGCGGCAUGAAAUUCGGCUCCCCGGUAACUCACGAAAGCGUGGUGCUUAGUUGGGAGGAUGAAGAGUCUUUAACAGAGAAGCUGGACGGCCUCAAGUCAUCCGCCAACCUUCCCCCAGGCAUGUCGUGGCUUCUUUACGACGUUCACCUCGGAGACCUCUCCUUCAGAUGCUUGUCGGACCCGUUCGAGCGGGUCCAUUUCCUCAAGGACCGUCUUAUAACAUAGGGCGACGAGAAGUUGGGGAAAUAUGAGGAAAGGGGUGCGGAGUCAUCGAAGAUUGGUGGUUCGGGUUUUUUUUGGAGGGGGUGGAUGGUUUCCAUCUGGUCGCUUGUGGA